UUUUUACUUUUUGUUUUAGAUCAUUUGAUUUCUAAAUGGCACUUAUAAUAAAUAGAUCAUAAGUGCCAAAAUGAUAUCAAAAAUUUCUAAUCAUCAUCUAUUAUAUAAUGAAAAUAAAGAACUUAUGAAACAUGUAUUUUGAUCACAAUGUGGUAGCUUUAUGCUGUAUAUUUGGGAAACGAAUGAAUGAAUGAACAGAACGCCUCCUCUACAUAUGUUAUUAAGUAUGGGUGCACUGGACCAUGAAACAGUUUAUUUCCAAUGGUUGAUAAUAUCAAACUCAGAAUUGAAUCCAUUAGGAACCUGAGUAUUUAGUUUCAUGAUCCAGUACACCUCCUGUUUCGCCAGGAUCUCGUCCUUAUUGCCACCCCUGGGAGGCAAUCUGAUGGUCUCGAUGCCUCGCCAUCUGAAUGCUCCAGUAUCUUUGCCGUGCACCUCAAUGAAAUGCCGUGAUAAUGCAGAACAUGGUUUCUCAUAUUUUAUAUAUCCUAGAUGUUCUCUAAUACGGGUACGGACUUCCCUACUGGUCAUUCCAACAUAUUGUUUGGAGUGUACCCGGCAUUCAAUGAGGUACACUACGUAGGUGCUGGAGCAUUUUAUGCACCCUCUGGAUGCAAAUUUUUGAGUAGUAGUGCAAGAAUAAAAAUCUUUGCCCUCAGUGAUGAAAUCACAUGCUUUGCAUCUAUGAUCUCCACACUUGUAAGUGCCGUUAACUUGCAUCCAAGAGCCCCUGUUCUUUUGUUUGCAAGGCAAAAGUCUUGGGGACAACAUGUUACCCAAAGUUAGGUUUUUGGAAUAAACACACCUAAAUCCCUUCUCAACAGUGGACUUUAAAUGUACGUCACCUAGAAGUAUAGGAAAAUACUUCCGGAUGAUGUCACAUACUUUAGAAUAGUCUGAAGAAUAUUGUGUAAUGAAGGUGAGAGGUCUUUUAUCUUUAUUGCCACAACUGGGCACUACAGAGAUAUUCUUUCCCUCCAUUGCUGUUUGUUUGGAAUGAGAGACACAGUCUAAUACUGCACAGUUACAGCUCCUAGCUCUCCCUAGCUAACCUCUUGUUAUUAUUAUUUCUGUAUAUUCCUCAUUAAGAGAAUAGUAUUGGUAUAUGGAGUCACAACCUUGUUUUUUUUUUAUAACAGUUUUCAUUUGAUUUGAUAAUAUUGUAAACUCUGCUUUGCUGCAAUUAUUUGUUAUGGAAGCCAUCUGUAUAAUACCUCCCUUUACAACCUCAAUAAAAAUUGUAAAUAAAAAAAUAAUUCUAAUAUAUUUGUAAGGUUGCGGUAUGUCCCACUCAUAAAUAGAUUGUCUACUCCUGAGCUUAUAUUGUAAAGUUCUGGAAAGAUUAAUAUUUAAGGUGCAACUGUAACACCUACAGAGCUAACUGUACUAAAUACUUGGGCUAAUAACCUAAUCAGCUGAUCUGUAUCACAUGAACUGUUAUGUGUGCCUUUAUUUAUACCAUACGUACAGUUAAUCAGAACCAUUAUUUAUUAUUAUCUGUAUAAACCAUUUAAUAUACUUUUUACAGACACGGCCAGAGCACUGAGAGAUAUCAGGUAUUGAUGUAACUGGAGUGAAUAAGGGAACCUUCUUCCUGAGCACAGACAUUGGAGCCUGUUAUCAGCAUGAACCCAUAUGUGUUAGGUUAAUCAAUUUAAAAAUGAACACAAAACAGAAGCCAUUUUAUGGAGUGUAAAUAAGAUAUUUUUUUUGGAUGGAUUCCAUUACAAAGAAUAAACUUUCUUUAUUUAAUUUAUUUUUAUGUAGACAAUCACUUGAAUAGUUCAUAUCCAUCCUUCACUACAGGAAGCCUCAGUUUGAUACCACAAACUCCAAUAGUCUUAGACACCAAUGACUAUUCACAAACAUUGGGGAUAUCACAGCAGAUAUUUAAAGGAGAUGUUGAAUUGGCAGGAACUGGGCAGCAAUCAUUAUGUACAGAGAGUCAUUUAGUCAUCAAACAAGAGGGCAACAGUUAUGCCUUAUCUAGUGAAAUGAACAUUCCAGAGGAUAAACCACACACAUUUACUGAGUUUUCAAAACAUUUAAAAGAAGGCAUAAGUCUUAAGUCUAGCCAAAUGAUUCAUACAAAUGAGAAACCAUUCAAAUGUAUAGCAUGUGAGAAAAUCUUCAAAUGUAAUUUGCAUCUUCUGGAACACCACGCAGUUCACACAGUUGUGAAACCUCACACGUGUACAGAAUGUAGGAGAUGUUUCACAUCUAAAGGAAGCCUUAGGUAUCACAAAAAGACCCACACAGGGGAAAAACCUUUCAAAUGUAAUGAGUGUGGGAGAUGUUUCACAUCCAAGGGAAGUCUAAUAUCUCAUGAAAAGACCCACACCGGGGAGAAACCUUUCACAUGUAAUGAGUGUGGAAAAUGUUUUACACAAAUGAGUAGUCUGAAAAUUCAUGAAAUGAGUCACACAGGGAAAAAAACCUUGACAUGUACAGAGUGUGGAAAAGGAUUUACAAAAAAGAGUAAUAUGAAAACUCAUGAAAGGAUUCACACAGGAGAAAAACCUUUCAAAUGUACAGAGUGUGGAAAAAGUUUUACACGAAUGGAUCAUCUAAAAUAUCAUGAAAGGAUUCACACAGGAGAAAAACCUUUUACAUGUACAGAGUACGGAAAAUGUUUUACAGAAAAGAGUAGUCUGAAAUAUCAUGAAAUGAGUCACACAGGGAAAAAUCCUUACACAUGUACAGAGUGUGGAAAAAGUUUUACAAUAAAGAAUAAUCUGAAAACUCAUGAAAGGAGUCACACAGGAGAAAAACCUUUCACAUGUACAGAAUGUGGAAAAAGUUUUACAAUAAAGAAUAAUCUGAAAUCUCAUGAAAGGAUUCACACAGGAGAAAAGCCUUUCACAUGUACAGAGUGUGGAAAAAGUUUUACACUAAAGAAUAAUCUGAAAACUCAUGAAAAGAGUCACACAGGAGAAAAGCCUUUCACAUGUACAGAGUGUGGAAAAGGUUUUACACAAAAGAGUAGUCUGAAAACUCAUGAAAGGAUUCACACAGGAGAAAAACCUUUCACAUGUUUAUAAAGUGGAAAAAUGUAUUCCGUGCCAAUCAGGUAUCACAAAAACACCAAAUAUUUACACAUAAAAUAAACUUUAUAUGCACUGGGUGGAAACCUUUUAAAAAUUAUCUUAAUGAGGGCAAACUCUCUAAAUAGAAGCAUCAAAAUAGAAUCCUAUUGUAAAUAAUACUUUUUAAAUCCCAGUUAUAAAAGCCCCAGAUUGGAAGUGCUCUCCUGCUGUCUUUUGUUCCUCUAUAUAUGUGCACCUCAGUUUCUCUCAUAUAAAUGUGAUAGAAUCCAAACACUACACAGGAAUAUACAAAUCUGUCCUCAUACUGACCAGUUUACACAACCAUUCACCACCAAAGCACUCCCAGUGUUUAUUUUCUCCCCUAUGUAAAUAAAGCGUACAACUCCUAACACUGGCAUAUUAAUAAUUACAUUUACAGAAUUAAGAGUCUUUAUAUGAAUAGAGUGUUAGAUAAUUAUAUAAACAGGAACAUCAGUUUCAAAUGAUUGACAUCUGGUAGAUAUAUUUAAUGUGCACAUGAUGUGGAUAAACCUUUUCUUAUAGCAAUAGAUGCUUAGCAUUGUACAUGUUAUAUACCAGAGGAAUUACUGAGGGGAAACUGAUUUUAUUUAAUGAGACACAAUAUCAGUAACCGGUACAUACGUGAUCAUAAUCAGUUUAAUUUAAAUGGCUACUAUAACCUACAUGUAUACUGGGUAUGUAAUAUGUAUGUCAUGUGAUCAUAAUCAGUUUAAUUUAAAUGGCUACUAUAACCUACAUGUAUACUGGGUAUGUAAUAU